AUACAAACGAGAGCGAUGGGCUUCGCUGAACUGCUGGACGAGAACCUGCUCAACAACUUCGUCUCUGGAAUCCCCGCCCACCACUGCACCCUGCCGGCCAAUCACAGCCUCUCUAACCUGUCUCACUACCAGGUGGACGAGAAGCAGUUGCUCAAGGUUUUCAUUCCUCUGGACUCCUCAGGAAAUAGACUGGACCGCUGCAGGAGGUAUGUGGAGCCGCAGUGGCAACUGUUAGCCGUUAACAACUCAGCUAAUGUUAGCCAACUACAGACAGAAGAGUGUGUGGACGGAUGGACGUUCGACCGCUCGGAGUUCCUCGCAACCACCGUCUCUGAGUGGGACUUGGUGUGUUCGUUGCGUCCUCUGAAGCAGAUGAUUCAGACCAUCUAUAUGGGCGGAGUUUUGGCCGGAGCCAUCAUCUUUGGCGGCCUGUCGGACAGGUUUGGGCGGCGAUCUAUCCUCAUAUGGUCAUACCUGCAGCUGGGCGUGCUGGGGGGUUUCUCCGCCCUCUCUCCAUCAUACACCACCUACUGUAUUUUGAGGUUUCUGAGCGGGAUGGCGGUGUCCGGCAUCAUCCUCAAUGAAGUCUCACUGAAGGUGGAGUGGAUUCCGACCAAAGAGAGAACAAUCGUUGGGACACUCACAUCAUUCGUCUUCACCUUUGGUCAAAUGAUCUUGGCGGGACUCGCUCAUUGGUUGAGAGACUGGAGGAAGCUGCAGGUCGCCAUCUCUGCACCAUACCUUCUGUUCUUCGCCUACAGUUGGUGGUUCUCAGAGUCAGCCCGUUGGUUGGUUCUGAACCGGCGGUCUGAGGAGGCGUUGAAGAGUUUACACAGAGUCGCUCGAAUUAACGGAAAACCAGAGAUUAUUGACAAGUUAACGCUGGAGGUUCUGCACUCACACAUGAUCAAAGAGAUGGAGUCGAGUCGUUCCACGUUUACAGCGUACGACCUCAUGAGAACCAGAACGAUGAGACGUAUCUCCGUCUGUUUGAUGGCCGUCUGGUUCGCCACUAGUUUUGCGUACUAUGGUUUGGCGAUGGACCUGCAGAAGUUUGGGGUGAAUAUCUACCUGAUGCAAAUCAUCUUUGCAGCCGUGGAUUUUCCCGCCAAGUUGUUUGCUCUGGGCAUGCUCAGUUACUUUGGGAGGCGGGUCUCUCAGGCCGUGUGUCUCUUCCUAUCGGGCGCCGUCAUCUUCGCCAACAUUUUUGUCCCCACAGACAUGCAGGUCCUCAGGACAACCUUUGCGUGUGUUGGUAAAGGUUUAACCUCGGCGUCCUUCACCACCGCCUACCUGUACAGUGGCGAGCUCUACCCCACCGUCAUCAGGCAGACAGGGAUGGGUUUGGUCUCCACCAUGGCGAGAAUCGGCAGCAUGGCAGCGCCCGCUGUCCUCCUUCUGGACGAGGUGUUCCCGGCUCUGCCCAGCGUGGUGUACGGGGGCGCGGCCGUGCUGGCUGGAGGAUUCGCUUGUUUCCUUCCAGAGACUCUGAACAUCCCGCUGCCUGACACCAUCCAGGAUGUGGAGGAGAAUUGGUCUGGAAGAUACCGUGCAACUCGACAGAAAGAGGGCGUGUCCUUACAAGAGGGCAUGACCUCUGAAAAGAUCACUAAAUCCUGUGGGGGCGUGGUCUCAAAGGAGGGUGUGACAUUAAAAGAGCGAAAGGAAACAGAAGGGACCGGCCUCAAUGCGCUCUGACCAAUCAGAUGCUGCCACAUCAGAGUCAGAACAGGAGUGAAGAGUAGGGAGCACUCUGCUCCUGUAACCAUGGAGAUGUCAAUCUCAGAUUAUUGCAGUUGUCCCCAUGGUUACUGUAGACAUCCACAGCUGGUAGGAAACAAUGAUCCUAGCUAACAACAAUAACUACGAGACUCAAAGUUGAUGCUGAUAAUGUUUUCAUAAUAUUUGAACCUUUUUAUUAAACUGGUGAUGAACGUUAGGGUUCUGAUGUUCCCUUUGUGACGUGACAACACAAAGAUACUGACGCAGUUGAAACUAUUACUGCGGCAACGACAAACCUGGACUUCACUUCCUCAGACCAGGACUAGACCCUGACCAAUGGAUAGAAGGACUGAAUCUCAACCAAUCACAAAGCUGUAAUCAUAAAGACGAGCCCGUGAUGAAGGAGGACGGUUCAGAGUCAACAUGUGAUGAGUCAGAUGAUUGAUUAUCAAUCAGAUGUAUAUUAUGUCGCCAGAAAAUUGCAAUAACAUGUCAAAAAAACUAUGUAGAAAUACUAAUACUGAUUAAUAAUCAAUAAAAUGUGUAUGAGGCUAAUAAAACGGAGUAUUAUCAA